GCGUUCAUUCCAGUGCAGUCAGCAGCGAGCGCCCGUCUGUCUGCGUGUCUUAUUGGAGCUCACCGCGCGGUGGCACCGUGCGUCAGCCCCCUUCGCGCGCACCUCUCUCUCUGAUCCACUGCUCAUAUGAUGCUGGAGAUCUUCAGCGCGACGGGCCGGUUCCUGGGCGGCAUUCAGCGAUGACAUUUUGAUCUCUCACGAAUACCGUUUUGCACCCUCGUACACAGCGAAGCUUUACGCAGAGCAUGUUUCGAUUGGACCAAGCGGCACUGUGUCGCACUACAUCGGGACUUGGAAAGUUACUUAAACCGAAUGAAGCUUAUUCUGGAUCUGGGCGGACUCAGUAAACGAGAGGUUCUUCACUGCAAAGACUCGUCUUGGGGAUAACAUAUUAGCAACGCGCCAGUAACAGAGCUAACUUUUGGUUUACUGGAAUGGGAAUAACAGCGUCAUUGAUCAUGAGCGAAUUAUCACCCGUCUAAUCAGAUCCUGGGGACCGUUAUCAACAGUUCGUAAACUAGAGGCGUUUGCACUCUGGAGUGGGAAUAUAGCCUACUUAUUGAUCAAACAUUUAUUAAGUGAAUGCAUGAGAGUAGAGAUAGUGGAUGAAAGAACCAAAGUCUCUGUGAUAAGACUUGUGCAUUGGAGUCACAGACUGUUAAGAACUGAAGUUUUAACACACUGUUCACAAAAUCACAUCACAACGGAGUUGAACAGUAUUCAAGUUUGAGAUAUAAAUGUAAAGGAUUGGUCUUUUUUUUUUUAGUCGCACAAGUCCUCGCACAAGACGCGCCAGAGACACUCCAGAAAAUUACGCGCACAACUGUGGCUGGACUGUGGAAGAGCAACAUGUACCCUGCGUGCUGGACAAACGCUCCCAGUGUCUCUCCAUCUGCCUCUCUGGCAAUGUUUGGGAAUUCGGGUAAAGCGAGAAAGAGACCCUGUUGGAUUGUAAUAUUGCUGUCGGUCAUCCUACAUCUGGUGUCAGCACAAGAUGAUGUUCCUCCAUACUUUAAAACAGAGCCAGUACCGAGUCAGUUGCACUUGGAAAGGAACCGGUUGGUUCUGACUUGUAUGGCCGAGGGUAGCUGGCCAUUGGAGUUUAAAUGGAUCCACAACGACACAGAGAUCACGCGGUUCUCGCUGGAGUACAGGUAUUUGAUACCAUCUCUGGACAGAUCGCAUGCUGGCUUCUAUCGGUGUAUUGUGAGGAACAGAGUCGGGGCGUUGUUACAGAGAAGAACCGAAGUACAAGUGGCAUAUAUGGGAAGUUUUGAGGAAGGGGAACGAACCCAAGCCGUAUCCCAAGGAGAAGGAGCCGUAAUACCGGCGCCUCAUAUUCGCUGUUUCCCUCAACCACAGGUGACCUGGUUCAGAGACGGCCGCAAAAUCCCUCCCAGCAGUCGAAUAGCCAUUACUCUGGACAAUACGCUGGUCAUCCUGUCCACAGUGGCCCCAGAUGCUGGAAGAUACUAUGUACAAGCCGUGAAUGACAAGAAUGGCGAAAACAAGACUGGUCAGCCCAUAACGCUGUCUGUGGAAAAUGUUGGUGGUCCUGCAGACCCCAUCGCUCCCACCAUUGUCAUCCCGCCGAGGAACACCAGUGUCAUCUCUGGCACCUCUGAGAUCACCAUGGAGUGUGUGGCCAACGCUAGGCCUUUAAUAAAGCUGAGCAUCAGUUGGAAGAAGGAUGGUGUUCCGGUGAGCAGUGGACUGAGUGAUUUUAACCGUAGACUGACAGUGUUGAGUCCGGUGGUCAGCGACUCUGGCUUCUACGAGUGUGAAGCUGUCCUCCGUAGCAGCAGUGUUCCCUCUGUCAGCGCUGGAGCGUACCUACAUGUGCUUGAACCGCCUCAGUUUGUGAAGGAACCAGAAAAACACAUCACAGCUGAGAUGGAAAAAGUAGUGGACAUUCCCUGCCAGGCCAGAGGUGUGCCACAGCCUGAUAUUGUGUGGUACAAGGAUGCAGUACCCAUAAGCCCUGUGAAGACCCCGCGCUACAGAGUUCUAGCAGGAGGUAGUCUCCAGGUUAACGGCCUCCUGCCCGACGACACCGGAAUGUUCCAGUGCUUCGCUCGCAACCAGGCUGGAGAGGUGCAGACCAACACCUACCUCGCCGUUACGAGUAUAGCACCGAACAUCACGGCAGGUCCUUCCGACAGCACUGUGAUUGACGGCAUGUCAGUUAUCCUUCACUGUGAGACCUCAGGAGCACCCCGUCCUGCCAUCACCUGGCAGAAAGGAGAACGAGUGCUAGCAAGUGGUUCGGUUCAGCUCCCGCGGUUCACUCUCCUGGAGUCAGGAAGUUUACUCAUAAGCCCCUCCCACAUAUCAGACGUCGGCACCUACACCUGCAUGGCCAGCAACUCCCGUGGCAUAGACGAGGCCUCGGCCGACCUCGUGGUCUGGGCACGUACACGCAUCACUAACCCUCCUCAGGAUCAGAGCGUCAUCAAAGGAACAAAAGCCACCAUGACUUGCGGUGUGACUCAUGACCCCAGCGUCUCAGUCAGGUUUGUUUGGGAGAAGGACGGUCAGGUGAUCAUUCCUCAGUCUCUGCCUCGACUGCGGCUGGAUGUCAACGGUACGCUGCACAUCUCUCAGACCUGGUCAGGUGACAUCGGCACAUACACCUGCAGAGUGACAUCAGUGGGCGGCAAUGAUUCCCGUAGUGCGCACUUACGCGUGAGGCAGUUGCCUCAUGCCCCUGAGAACCCCAGCGCAGUGUUAAGCACCACAGAGAAGAGAGCCAUAAACCUGACAUGGGCCAAACCUUUUGAUGGGAACAGCCCUCUCAUCCGUUACAUUCUGGAAGUGUCUGAAAACAACGCUCCUUGGACAGUCCUGUUGGCCAGCAUCGAGCCGGAGUCGGCUGCUGUAACGGUCAACGGGCUGAUCCCAGCGCGCUCAUACCAGUUCCGUCUCUGUGCCGUCAACGACGUUGGCAAGGGCCAGUUCAGCAAGGAGACUGACCGGGUGUCUCUUCCAGAGGAGCCGCCCAGCGCUCCGCCUCAGAAUGUCAUUGCCAGUGGCCGCACCAACCAGUCCAUCAUGAUUCAAUGGCAGCCACCACCAGAAAGCCACCAAAACGGCAUCCUGAGAGGAUACAUCAUCCGGUAUCGUCUGACCGGUCUGCCUGUGGAUAUCCAGUAUAAAAAUAUCUCGAACCCUGAUGUCACCAACCUGCUGCUGGAGGAUCUCAUCAUCUGGACGAAUUAUGAAAUUGAGGUGGCGGCAUAUAAUGGAGCUGGACUGGGUGUUUACUCCCAUAAGGUUACAGAGUGGACACUCCAGGGAGUUCCCACCAUCGCUCCAGGCAAUGUGAAAGCAGAGCCCGUCAACUCCACCACAAUACGCUUCACCUGGACAGCCCCGAACCCGCAGUUCAUCAACGGCAUCAACCAGGGCUACAAGCUGUUAGCAUGGGAGCCAGGAAAGGAAGACGAGAUGACAAUAGUGACCGUCCGGCCGAACUUCCAGGACAGCGUGCAUGUGGGCCACAUCACCGGCUUAAAGAAGUUUUCAGAGUAUUUCACCUCUGUGCUCUGCUUCACCACACCAGGAGACGGUCCUCGCAGUCCUCCACGACGACUGCGCACACAUGAAGACACCCCUGGUGCUGUGGGUCACCUGAGCUUCACUGAGAUUUUGGACACUUCUCUCAAAGUCAGCUGGAGAGAUCCCAAUGAGAAGAACGGCGUUCUGACUGGGUAUCGUAUAUCAUGGGAGGAGUAUAACCGUACUAAUACGCGGGUUACACACUACCUGCCUAAUGUUACUCUGGAAUACAGAGUCACUGGACUGACUGCUCUCACCACUUACACCAUAGAGGUGGCCGGAAUGACCUCCAAGGGUCAGGGUCAGCUGUCAUCUUCAACCAUCUCUUCAGGUGUACCACCAGAGCUUCCCGGGCCUCCCACAAACUUGGCCAUCUCAAACAUUGGCCCUCGAUCAGUAACCUUACAGUUCAAGCCUGGAUACGACGGCAAGACCUCAAUUUCUCGUUGGCAAGUGGAGGCCCAGGUGGGUGUCACUGGAGAGAAUGAGGAUUGGGUGAUGGUCCAUCAGCUGGCCAACGAGCCUGAUGCUCGCUCUCUGGAGGUCUCCGGCCUCAACCCCUACACCUUUUAUAGGUUCCGUAUGCGUCAGGUGAACAUAGUGGGCACCAGUCCUCCCAGCCAGCCUUCCAGAAAGAUCCAGACCUUGCAGGCUCCUCCUGAUAUGGCCCCUGCAAAUGUCACCCUGCGGACAGCCAGCGAAACCAGCCUCUGGCUCAGAUGGGUGCCUCUUCCUGAAUGGGAGUACAACGGGAACCCAGAUUCGGUGGGUUACCGUGUGCAGUACAGCAGGACUGGAGCUCAGUCCAAAGCCCUGCUGCACAUCAUCGCAGACCGCUUGGAGAGAGAGUUCACCAUCGAGGACCUGGAGGAGUGGACGGAGUAUGAGGUCAGAGUUCAGGCCAUCAACGGCAUUGGAGCAGGACCCUGGAGUCAACCUGUACGGGGAAGAACCAGAGAGUCCGUCCCCUCUUGUGGCCCCACAAAUGUUUCUGCAUUUGCCACUACCUCCAGCAGCAUUCUGGUCCGCUGGUUUGAAGUUCCCGAACCCGACCGGAAUGGACUCAUCUUGGGCUAUAAGGUGGUGUAUAAGGAGAAGGAUUCAGACUCUCCUCUUCAGUUCUGGACAGUGGAAGGAAACGCCAGUCACAGUGUUCAGCUAACCGGACUAGGCAAGUAUGUUCUGUACGAGAUCCAGGUGGUCGCCUUCACCCGCAUCGGAGACGGCCGACCCAGCUCUCCUUCAAUCCUGGAGCGAACCCUUGAUGAUGUGCCCGGGCCGCCUGUCGUCAUUCUUUUUCCUGAAGUCCGGACCACCUCGGUCAGACUCAUCUGGCAGCCACCUUCCCAGCCCAACGGCAUCAUACUGGCCUAUCAGAUCACAUACCGCCUGAACUCCACCAAUAGCAACACAGCCACGUUUGAUGUCUUGAACUCCAGCGCACGGCAGUAUACCGUCACUGGACUGAGGCCGGAAUCUGUGUAUGUGUUCCGUAUCAGAGCACAGACACGCAAGGGUUGGGGAGAGGCAGCGGAGGCUUUGGUGGUCACCACCGAAAAGAGAGCUCGGCCCCAGCCCACCAGCCGUCCCACAGUCCCUCAGGAAAACGUGCAGGCACGCAGUGUGCUGUUGUCAUGGGAACCCGGCAGCGACGGUUUAUCUCCGGUCCGGUAUUACACGGUUCAGGUCAGAGAGCUGCCCGAGAAGAGCUGGACGGUUCAUUCUGCAUCUGUUAGCCACGAGUCCAGCUCCUAUAUUGUUGACAGACUGAAGCCCUUCACCUCCUAUCAGUUCAGAGUGAAGGCCACUAAUGAUAUUGGAGACAGUGACUACAGCGAAGAGAGUGAAGCCAUUACAACACUACAGGACGCUCCUGACGAAUCUCCCACAAUCCUGACUGUCACGCCACACACCACAACCUCUGUGCUGAUAUGCUGGCAGCCUCCUGCUGAGGAGAAGAUUAACGGGAUCCCACUGGGCUUCCGAAUCCGAUAUCGGGAGUUGCUUUACGAUCGGCUCCGAAGUUUCAGCGCUCAUGCCAUCAGCAGCCCUUCAACCAGCUGGGCAGAACUUACAUCUCCAUACAGCAUCCGGAACCUCAGCGAUCCCUCCAUCACUCAGUAUGAGCUGGACAAUCUUACGAAACACAAGCGCUAUGAAAUCAGAAUGAGUGUCUAUAAUGCUGUUGGUGAGGGACCAACUAGCUCACCACAGGAAGUCUUUGUUGGAGAAGCAGUCCCCACUGCCCCGCCUCAAAAUGUGGUCAUCCAAUCAGCUACUGCCACACAGUUUGAUGUGACGUGGGACCCGCCUCCGCUGGAGACUCAGAAUGGAGAUAUUCAGGGUUAUAAGAUUUUCUUUUGGGAAUAUCAGCGGAAAAACGAGACUGAGAAACUGCGGACUCUCUUUCUGCCAGAGGGAGGGGUGAAGCUCAAGAAUCUAACGGGCUACACUACCUAUAUGAUCAGUGUUGCUGCUUUCAAUGCAGCUGGCGAUGGGCCUCGCAGCCUACCGACGAGAGGAAGAACCCAGCAAGCUGCUCCCAGUGCUCCCAGUUUCAUCCAUUUCAGUGAGCUAACCACCACCUCUGUCAACGUGUCGUGGGGCGAGCCUGUCUUCCCUAACGGCAUCCUUGAGGGUUACAGACUUAUCUACGAGCCCUGCAUGCCUGUUGAUGAGUCCUCAGUGGCCUGUGUCGACUGUCUUCACUCCCCCUCCCCCCCAGGCGUCAGUAAGAUCGUGACAGUGGACGUAAAGGGGAACGCCCCUCUGUGGCUGAAAAUCAAAGACCUGGCGGAUGGUGUCACAUACAACUUCCGCAUUCGUGCCAAAACCUUCACCUACGGUCCAGAGGUGGAGGCCAACAUCACCACAGGACCUGGAGAAGGAGCCCCAGGACCUCCCGGUGAACCCUUUAUCUCCCGAUAUGGCUCCGCCCUCACCAUCCACUGGACCAAUGGGGAUCCUGGGCGAGCACCUAUCACCCGCUAUGUUAUAGAGGCCAGGCCCUCAGAUGAAGGCUUGUGGGACAUCUUAAUCAAGGAUAUUCCCAAGGAAGUGACAUCAUAUACCUUCAACAUGGAUAUCUUGAAACAGGGAGUCAGCUAUGACUUCCGGGUCAUCGGGGUGAAUGAUUAUGGUUAUGGAUCUCCAAGCCAACCGUCACCAUCCAUAUCAGCACAAAAAGUGUCUCCGUUCUAUGAGGAAUGGUGGUUUCUGGUGGUGGUGGCUCUGGUCGGCCUCAUUUUCAUCCUGCUUCUAGUUUUCAUCCUCAUCAUCAGAGGCCAGAGCAAGAAAUAUGCUAAGAAAUCUGACUCAAGCAACAAUUCCAACUGCAAUGCACUGACACAUGGAGAGAUGGUCAGCCUGGACGAGAGCCGUUUCCCUGCCUUGGAACUGAACAAUCGACGGUUGUCCGUCAAAAAUUCCUUCUGCCGCAAAAAUGGUGUCUACACCAGGUCACCUCCCCGACCCAGUCCAGGCAGUCUGCACUACUCAGAUGAGGAUGUCAGCACCAAGUACAAUGACCUGAUCCCAGCAGAGAGCAGCAGUCUCACAGAGAAGCCGUCAGAGAUCUCAGAUUCACAGGAGGCGCUUGUUUUCUCCUUUAAGACUGGGGGCCUCCAUACUCUUCCAACUCAAAUGGGCAGUGACAGUGAAUACGAGGUGGAACCCAACCGCCAGAAGACGCAUUCUUUCGUCAACCACUACAUCAGUGACCCCACCUACUACAACUCCUGGCGCAGACAGCAGAAGGGAAUCUCCCGAGCACAGGCCUACAACUAUACCGAGUCGGAGUCCGGAGAGCCCGAAAACUCCACUCCUCCACCGCCUCUGCCCCCUCUACCGCCAUUCCCCCCGCAGCUAAGUUCCCCUACGCCCCAAAGCCAGUCCCAGGCUGGCAGCCUUUUUAGACCCAAAGGCAGCCGGACUCCCACUCCUUCCCAGCAGAGCUCCAACCCACCCAGUCAGCACGGCACACUUUAUCGGCCCCCGAGCAGCUUGGCCCCAGGUUCCCGGGCCCCCAUCGCUGGCUUCUCCUCCUUUGUUUGAUUGAAUGAAGAUAUCGGUACAUGGAAAUACAAAACAAAGGCAGGGGAUUGCUUACUUUCCCCAAUGCCUGAUCAAACUCACGUCUAUUGAAAAACGACAACAAACAUCAGCCCUGGAUUUGUUGUUCUUUAAUUGUCAUUGCAAGCUGACUUUUAUUUUUAUAUACUUUCUUUGAUCACCCAUUUUGUUUUCUUUCGUUUAGGUUUCUGUUUUGUUUCUCUGCUUGUGAGUUCAAAGCGUUUCACUCAAAAUGAAAGACAAUCACUUGGAAAGACACUUAAACGCAUCGAUGAGCUUUGUUUGUUUUGGUUUGGGGUUUUUUGUGCUGCUUGAACAAACUGCAUGACUUUUUUGUGGUUCAAACAAUUAUUUUCGUUUGCUUCUUCAUUUUGUUGUCAUUGGUUCUUUUGUUUUAUUUAGUUCCACAAGAGAGUAUAACACCAACACUAAGUUAUAAAUGCUGGACAAACGCACUGACACAUGAAAAAUACAUUUAAAAAGGCUAUGGAGAAAAUCUCAGCACUUGGACCACAUCAAGAAAAAAAUGCUAAAUAGUGAUUUGUACUGUGGUAUUUUUGUUCUUACACAGAUGACAAAGUACUGUAGUGAUUAUGAGUGGUUAAAGUUCAUUUGACUAGGGAGAAUGAUCUGAUAAAGACCCGCCUGCACAUGUUUGAGUUGGAAAGCAUCAUUUAUUGAUGUAACAGGUCAGUUUUCACCAGUACUCUGAAAAGGCCAAAGGUCAAAUUAAGUGCUUCACGCUAAUCUGUGUUUUGAAUGUUUUUCCGGAGGUGAAAUGUAGAUUGUUCGUAAAGUUGAACACAAGUAUAUUUUCCCUUGUGAAACUUAUGGAAGGCCAAAUAUGUAAGAGUCUGAUUCACUAUGAUAUUAUUAUACUAGCGCUCUGGAUUAUUUCAGAUUCAGAGUCAUUUAUGUUAGCAGCAGGUGUGUAUGUGUGUAUGUGGUGGGCGGGGUCAUUUGUUGCUCCUUUUGAUUUGACUCUAUGAUGUCAUCCUGAGCUUCAGGUUGCACUUCCGCCGUGCAAACGGUAACGUCGGACACAAACGUCAACAAACGGCAGUGGAUAUCAGAUAUUUGCCAGCAUCUCAGGCGGAGCUGGAUGUCAAACAUACCCAUCAAAGAGUUCCUGUUCAAAAACCUCUCCGAUUUUCCCUUUCCUGAUCAUCUGGCAAGAUAUAACAUCAUAGAAGCUGAUGACAUUUCAAAGAUUGUGCAGUCAAGCAAAUGUAUUGUACCUGUGAACUUCAUAUUUUUCACUACUUCGCUUUGACGCGGCUAUUCAAAGUUACUGAAGAUAAAAGAAAAUGGACUAAGGGACCCAACACAACGCCAGCAGAGAACUGAAUGGCACUUGCACAGCUUACUUGUGAGGUUUAAUGAUGUUGUUUGCUCUUUCUUUUCCGUGAAGUGAUUUUACUGUCUGUAUAAACAAGGUCAAUCACAUGCUCAGUCUGCCUGAACACAGUAUAUUCCUAAAUAAAUUAUGUUUUCUGCAAACGUUACUGGUUUGAACAUUGAAAAUGGCCAUUUGGCCAUAUGAGAAGUGAGCAUUCAGGGGUCAUGAAUGACUAACAUAGGAGAGGAAGUGGGUAAAUCUGAGUGAAAGUGUCCUUAAAAUUACAUCAGUUGUUGAGACAUUACCGCAGAUACUAUGACUGCAUCUUAACCAGGAGCAACAAGCAAUUUAAAGGUUCCACUUCUAUAUAGAGUUUUUGUCCUGACCAACCCUAUUUUAUUGGUGCUAGUCCAACUGGUAAACCAACAUAGCCACAUGAAGCUGGACCCUCUGAUGGACAUGUAUGUGGCCUGUCACUCAAGGUUUCCCAUCUUGUUGCUCUCUUUGGGUCAGUGAGUGUGGAUAAAUUGAAUCAGCAGACCUUUGAAAUCCUGUUAUGUUGGAAGCAUCUGUUGCCUCCAGUCAGCCUACAGUCACACUGCUCCCCUCAAGUUCAGAGAGAAUAAAGCCAAUCAGCCAUGAUUCAACUGCACAACUGCAUGACAACUGCAAAAAUGGUGUGAACUCUUUCCUCUUGUUUCUCCCUUUCCAAAUCCCGAAUUUUGUAUCCUUAUUAUGGCAAGAAUAAGACAAAAACCCCUGUGUUUAUACAUUAAUGAUGACAGAGGCAGAACAGGACAGGAAUGUGUAUAAAUGGAGGGAGAUUCCACAUCAUACUCAUCCCAGUGUAAGUCCAUUUUGUGUCCUGUUAAACCUAAUUUCCUGCUUAAAGCUCAUUUUUGUGAUUUAAAUACAGCAGAUGAACUAAAUAUAACACGCUAUAAUGGCAACUGUUGGGUCCUAAAAAUGGCUCUAAGAAUUUCAGUGGAGGAACUUGUUUCAAAGUGCAGAGGAAAAUUCUUGAUGUUUUAUUCAAAGGUGCUAGUAAAGCUCUGCAGCAGCAAUUCUUGCUUAAACCAUGCAUCUGCAGUCACUUCCUGUUUGAGGUUACUUAUAAUUUUGUGUUAAUUAUUAACUUACAUUAUUUCCCUCUUUCACAGAAGGCUAAUAUGCACCAUGUUGAGAUCAAACGGCUGGAUAAAUGCUUUUGAUGGCAAUUAUAGAGUAGGGGUUUUACCACUGGAUAUGAGCCCAUUGAUAUGAGCCAAUUGAAUCAUUGACUUUAGGUGGGCCAUUUGGAUUUCAGUAUUUCUUACAUGAAAUAUUCACUGUUGUACUUAGAUGUUAUUGGAUAAUUUGAAUGUUAUUUUGCUUGUUUUUUGUAAUUUUAUUCUUUUUGAAUCCUGACGUGAUGGUUGGACAGUGUGUGUGUGUGUGUGUGUGUGUGUGUGUGUGUGUGUGUGUGUGUGUAGGAUGCAAUGAGAAAGGGAGAAUGACAAUGUUUAGAUGCACUAUAUUUUUUUCUUCACUUUCUGUAUGAGGGAGAUUUGGCAUGCAAAAUAUAUUGUACAAAAAUAAGCUGUUGGUCUUUUUUUAUGUGUGAUAGUGGGAAUUUUAACACAUUUUGCCUUUCAAAUCUGUGUAGAACUUAAACCAAAAGAUGUGUUUUGAAAAGAGAGAGUGGACAUAAAGGUCUAUUCAGACAUACAUUUUUUUUUUUUUUUUUUUUUAUCGCAUAAGAUGUUUAAAGGGCCCACAUUUCAUUGUAUGCCAGUUUGCAAAUAUGACCACUGGAGUCGUAUGUCACUGUGAAUCACCCGGCUGGAGAGGAUGUAUGUUGUUGGGUUUGUCACAUUUGUUUAGUGUGGUUAUUGCGUCAACAUCAAUCCACUUAGUAACUGUAACCACAGCUGCAAUCAAACAGAAUUUUAGUGUUUUUUUAAUUUAUUCUCAGACAAAAGGUGAUCUUUGUUACUGUUGACCUUGUUUUAGUUCAUUGUAUUAUCUUUAUAAUAAUAAUAAUAAUAAUAAUAAUAAUUAUUAUUAUUAUUAUAUUAUUAUUUUUUAUUUUUGUGUUUUCAUGUGGUGUGGAUUACUUCAUCAAUAUUAUAUACCAGUGCUGAAUCUAAGGACUUUUAAAAUGCCUAAAAUGGGAUAUAUUGUAUUAUAAUGAGUGUUUAGA